AACCCCUAAUAUUGACAGGCUAGCAGACGAGGGAGUGACGCUUACUCAGCAUAUAGCAGCAUCCCCACUUUGUACUCCAAGCAGGGCUGCUUUCCUGACAGGGCGAUAUCCUAUCCGAUCAGGAAUGUCUGCCUUCUCACGAGUUGGUGUCUUCUUAUUUUCUGCCUCUUCUGGGGGACUUCCUUCUGAAGAAAUAACUUUUUCCAAACUCCUGAAGCAGCGAGGUUAUGCAACAGCUCUAAUAGGAAAGUGGCAUCUUGGGAUGAACUGUGAAAGCAUUAAUGACUUCUGUCACCACCCUCUCAGUCAUGGAUUUGAUUACUUUUAUGGGCUUACCGUGACCAAUUUUAGAGACUGCCAGCCUGGCCAAGGCAGCGUAUUUUUAAAAGGAGUUCAGAAAUCCCUUGUCGUCCCAGUCCAAAUCGCUGGAAUCACCCUGAUCUCUUUGGCAAUAGUGCAGUACAUUGGCCUCUUCAAAGUACCUGUCCAAGCAUUGGGUUACUGCUUGUUGAUAACUGCUAUUUCACUUGCGGUUUUGAUUUUUUUCUUUUAUCACUUUCGACACUUGAACUGCUUCUUAAUGAGGGACCAUCAGAUUAUCCAACAACCGCUAUCCUAUGAGAACCUUACUCAGAGACUGACAAAGGAAGCUGUGCAGUUUAUAGGAAGGAACACUAAUGCACCAUUUCUUCUUGUCCUGUCUUAUCUUCAUGUCCAUACUGCUCUAUAUGCUUCAAAAAAUUUCAGAGGAAAGAGCAAGCAUGGUUUAUAUGGGGAUGCAGUGGAGGAAAUGGACUGGAGUGUAGGUAUGUUACAU